UCAUAAUUCAAAUUCUUUGAAUAAACAAAAACCUCCAUCGCCGUUGCCAAUAUCUCCUCGUAAUGAAAGUUUGACAUAUGCACAUAAUCAAAAAAGACAAAGUCUUUCUCAUAAUAUGAUGACACCUUCACAAUCACAAGUUCAUCGUGUGCAAGAACAUCAUCUUCCACCAUUUCUUUCACCACCUCUUUCACAUGCAUCUCAAUCUAUAAGAGAAAAUAUAAAUUCAGGAUUUGAAGAACUUAAAAGUAUAGUACCAAGUUGUCGUGGAUGCGCUGAUUCAAAAGCUAUUAUAUUACGAAAAGCGGCUCAUUAUAUUCAAGCUCUAGAAGCACAAAUACAGAAAUUAAAACAGUCUAGUAGUGGAUCAACGACACCAAAUACAUCAUCAGUAACAACGCCACCUUUAGUAUCACCUGUAAUGUCGGUGAAGCCCAUUUCUUCAAGUCAUAUACAUAUGCAUGGAGGAAUAAAUGGUAAUCAGAUGUACGCAAUAACAGAUUUUAAUCAAAGGGUAGGAGAAGAGAAAAAAAUACAACAACAAUUAGAACAACAAAAAUUUAUGGGUCAAUGGCAAACGAAUCGAUUAAAUCCAAAUUAUUUACCAGAUACUUCAACAACAACUACUACGUCAUCAUCAUAUCAACCAUCACAUCAAUCACAAAAUAAUCAUCACACUCAAACUCAUCACCAAAGAAAUCUUUCUUAUCCAAUACCUCUAAUGUUAAAACAUGAAAUACAUGAUCAAACUUAUAAGUAA